CUCACGUUCUGCGUUAGUGUUUGUUGUUCUUGCUGGUGCGUUCUUUUUUACUGUCAGCACCCGGGAUUUGAAUUUUUAGACCUAAAUCGUAAUCAUGGCGGAAGGGGCCUUGAGUACCUCCCAACCUCCCCGCAAACGGGCGCGACGGUCCGAUAAUGCGCCUUCGCGGGAACUCGACGGGUCCGAGUUCUUCGCCGGACUGCAGGAAUCCCGUCACGAUUUCUACGACAUAUCGGUACGAGGUGCGGAGGACCCAACAAAACGGAUCAAGUCGAUUCCCUGUCACCGAAACGUGCUGAUGGCGCGCAGCGGUUGGUUCCGAACAAUGCUUCGUUCCCCAGGUGGCUCACAACAAGCAACCAUCCAUCUGCCCAAUGUUUCCCACGCUAUCGUGAAACAGUUGAUCGAUUACAUGUAUUCCUGCAAGGUCUCCAUCGGCAACAUGAGCAACGCGCUCCUUCUUCUGCAGGCAGCGGAUCUGCUGGAAAUGGGACAGAUUGUGCAAGUGUGCACGGAUUUUCUGCUGAAGAACAUGGACUUGGCUAACUGGUUGACGAUCUUCCGGGGAACGCGGCAACUGUCUGACAAACGUGUUGCUGAAGCGUGUCUGGUCUUUGCCCUUGAGAAUUUCGUCAAGAUCAGUUAUUCGCACGAUUUUCUCGACCUGGAUGCUGCUGAGUUGAAGCAGUUUGUCGUCUCCAACAAACUGAACGUGGAGAAGGAGGAGCAGGUGGCCGCGGCUGUUGUUCGCUGGUUGGGUCACUCCCUGCCGCAGCGAUCCCGGUUCGCUGUGGGACUGGGGAAAUGCAUCCGUUUGCCUUAUCUGACCGCCGAAUAUCGGGCUUCGCUGCCCGACACCCCCGCCGGGCAACACGUUCAGCAAACUUUGUUUGCGGCAGCUAAUGUGGCGCACCGGUACCGUGACUCCUACCGUAAGGAGCCUGUAAUCGUUUUCUUAUGGGGCUACAACAAGCAGACGAAGAGAACGGAGAAAAUGGACACUGUGGAAUUGUAUCGUCUUGAUCCGUUGACGGACAGCAAGUGCAGCGUACCGUGUGCAGUUCCGCCAAGCAGCUGGAGCGGUCCCAUGGUGUAUGUGGUGAAGGAUGGUCGGCUGCGAAUCUGCGUGUUGGCGGAAGAGGAUGAUCUGGAAUCCUGCCGCCUGUUCGUUUAUGCUGUGGACGAGGAUCGGUGGACGGACGGGGGAGAGUUUCCUGUCAGCAACGCCUGGCUGACCGCUAUUGGUGAUCGUAUCUACAUGAUGGGUGGCGAUCGCGAGUUGUAUGCUUUCGAUGAUGAAGUCCGCCAGUUGACCGCUAAGGCAAAAAUGCCGAUAAAGCUGCGUGCUAGCGCGAGUGUGGCGCACGACGGCCGGCUGUAUUUGUUUGGAGGAAGGAGAUGGUCUUCGCGCAGCAAACGUUAUUGUGCGACAACAGCGGCGUACUGCUACGACCCGGCACGCGACGUCUGGGAGAACCUGGCGCCUAUGCCGACAGCGCGCUAUGAUUGCCGGGCAUGUGUUGGCCCUGAUGGGCUCAUCUAUGUUGUGGGUGGUUGUGCCUCUGACUUGACAUACAAUGCGGUUACCAAGGGCUACUUUGACGGGGGUGGCCGCUGUGUGGAAGCAUACAACGUCCAGACAAACCUAUGGCAGAUUAAAGGGUCCAUGAAAACUGGGAGGUCGAAGAUGGGGCUGGUAUGGCUGGAGGAAAAGCUGUACGCUCUGGCAGGUUUUAUUGGAGCUUGGGGCGGACAUCUCCAGACGGAGUGCUACUACACAAAUACUAACCGCUGGUUAGAGUGUGAGCCGGCAUUUUCACCGCAGUGCGACAUGCACUGUGCCGUCGUGCCGCGGACCAUCGCCUGGAAGAACAUGCAGCGGUUCAUACCCGACGACCGUGACUAGUGUCAUGCUGACCAUUUAUCCGUUCAUUGUCCAAUAAUUUUUUCCAUCUGCUU